AUGUCCUCCAAUACAGAUCCAGCUCAGGCUGAAGCGAAAUCCCAGCCGGCCUCUACCCAGGAGCAAACCGAUGCCCACGCUACAGAGAGGACCGCGGAGCCCCAAGCUGGCUAUCGCUUCUGGCUGGCCUUUUGGUCCAUCGCAUUGACCAAUCUGGCCGCGGCUUUUGACGCUACCACUCUGUCCGUCGCCUUGCCAAAAAUCUCCAGUGAACUGGGCGGAUCGUCGACAGAAGCCUUCUGGGCCGGAACUUCCUAUCUACUGGCGACAACGGCUAUGAUGUUGAUAUGGGUUACCGUCAGCGACACGCUUGGCCGGCGUAUCGCUAUCCUGACCGCGCUUGUGGUGUUUGCAGCAGGGGCCAUCAUCUGCGCCGUAGCUUCCAACUGGACUACUAUGCUGGCUGGCCGCACUAUACAGGGGGUGGGCUGCGGAGGUGUCGUUGGCCUGACUGUGGUGCUGAUUACGGACCUGGUGCCGCUUCGCCGGCGAGGCAAGCUUUACGCCUUGAUCAGCGUAGUAUGGGCGGUAGGAGGACCGAUAGGGCCUAUUAUAGGUGGCGUGCUGAGCCAAAAAGGCGCCUGGCGAUGGAUCUUUUGGAUGAACCUGCCUAUCGUGGCCGUCGGUAUGGCGGGCAUUGCCGUCUUCUUGCGCCUGUCCCACCGCCAGCGUGCCAUUGGAGAGGCGUUGCGCUGCUUUGACUUUGCCGGCUCAGCCUUGUUCGUGGCAUCGGCGACGGCGCUGCUCAUGCCCAUCACCUGGGGCGGUACACAGUAUCCGUGGUCGAGCUGGCAGACGCUGGUGCCUCUACUACUAGGAAUCCUGGGCAUCGUCGCCUUUGGGUUUUACGAGAAAUGGUCCCAGUCGCGAUGGCCAAACAUCUCACAGCUGGUGCCGCUGAAUAUAUUCUCCAACUAUUCAGUGCUUCUUCUCUUUGCCUGUAGCACACUGCACGGCCUGGUACUAUAUAGCUUCGUCUACUACAUGCCCGAGUAUUUCCAGGGCGUCAAGCUCUACUCGCCCAUCGUUUCCGGCGUCGCAGCAUUGCCCCAAACGGUAACCAUUGUCCCCUGCGCUGCCUUUGUUGGUGUCGUAGUCGGACUCACGGGUCGGUACCGAUGGGCCGUUUGGGCAGGAUGGCUACUGGUAAGCGGCGGUUGCGGACUGCUGGUCCUGCUCGACGCUCAUACCAGCGUUGCUCAGUGGAUAUUUCUUCAAGCUGUCUCGGGUCUGGGCAUCGGGCUGCUGUUUCCCUCCAUUUCGUUGGCAGUCCAGGCUUCGGUUCCCGAGAGCUCCGUUAGCACGGCUGCUACUCUGGUUCUCUUCUUUCGAUCCAUGGGCCAGGCGCUGGGCGUUGCGAUUGGCAGCGCCAUUUUGGAAAAUCAGCUGCGACUACGCUGGGAGAAGAUACCGGGACACGAGUUGCAUGGCAGCGGAAGCAAGCCCGGAGAUAUCAUGGCACUGGUAUCGCUGCUGAAGCAGCUCCCGCGCGAUGACCCUUUUACUGUGCAUGCGCGAGAUGCACUGGCCGCGUCUUUCCAGGUCAUAUGGAUUGCUUCUUGUGCCAUUUCCGGUGUUUGCUUCCUGGCCAUGUUGCCUCUGAAAGAAUAUGACAUGAAUCGUGAGCACGCAAGCACGCAAAGAUUCCAGCAUGACACAGCGGAGCAGGUAAAAGAGUCCAAGCAAGACAAGCGCGUGAUGGCUGCGGCACAUUAA